CCAUUCCCAUAAUGCAUUGCGGACAGGUGAGAAUUAUCUACCUUUACGCAGCAUGAAAACAAAUAGAGAAAACAUUGACAGAUUAUUUAGUAUCGAUAUGCAUUUUAUUUACACACGUUAGGUGUUGUUAGAUCAAAGAAUGCCGCUUUGUUGCUGCUGGACAGGUGUUAAUUGGCGGGAAUAUAUGACUAAGAGGAGCAAUCAGUGAUCUAUUAUAAAACAAUUUAAGCAAUAUAUUGUGAUGAAGUCAAAAUUGAAGCCUUUGGCUUAGAGUUUACGUUAUAAAAGUUCAGUGUAUGUGAAGGAAUAACAGAGUUCAUGUGUUCUUUGGGUGACAAAUGUUGUUUUGCCAUUAAAAGCGCAUAGUGUGUCAGAUUUACUGGUGGUGUAAUAUAAACUGAACCUUAUAUGUUAUUGUGCAUAGCUGACAUGUGUGUUCAGCUCUUUGUUUACAGAUGUUCAGACGCUAAACAAAAUGUCAAGACUUUCAAGAUUUUUGCCAAAGUUCCUUCGAGGUGGAAACAAGGAUAUUAAACAGACUGGAGACAAGUCGCAGUGUAAAAUAAUAUUUUUGGACGAGUCUGAAUACUUCAUUCCUUACAAGGGUGCUUUCAAGGGCCAGUAUGUGUUGGACAAGGCAUUUGAGCAGCUCAACCUGUUUGAGAAGGAUUUCUUUGGUCUCCGAUUCAUUGACAGCACUGGACAGACACACUGGUUGGAAACCACAAAAACAUUGGCAUCACAAGUGAAGGGUUGCAAUAUUCCAUACACAUUUUACUUCGGUGUGAAGUUUUACCCUGCAGACCCAUGCAAGUUAAGGGAAGAAAUCACAAGAUACCAAUUCUUCCUCCAAGUGAAGAGGGACAUCCUCCAUGGCCGGCUCCCUGUGUCCUUUGAGGAGGCUACAGAACUGUUUGCUUAUGCUGUGCAAUCUGAGCUUGGUGACUAUGAAUCCCAGGAGCUGCCUCCAGGUUACGUGUCCGAGUUCCAGUUUGUGCCCAACCAGACAGAGGAGCUGGAGGAGAGCAUUGCACAUCUGCACAGGAGACUCGGAGGUACAAUACCAGCAACUGCAGAGCUGAAGUUCUUGGAUAAAGUGAAAUGGCAGGACAUGUAUGGAGUUGACCUUCACCCUGUUAUGGGUGAAGGCAACACAGAGUAUUUCCUGGGUCUUACUCCCACUGGCAUUGUGGUGUACAAAAACAAAACUAAGGUUGGAAACUACUUCUGGCCAAGAAUAACAAAGGUGAACUGCAAAGGCAAAGUUUUCACAAUACGGGUAAUAGGCAAAAUUAAUGAUGAACACAUUUACUCAUUUGAGUUAGCGACCAAACAGGCAUGCAAGCACUUGUGGAAAUGCUGUGUGGAGCAUCACGCCUUCUUCAGACUCAACCAGGUCACUUCCUCAUCUAGAACUAGUAAACCAUUUAGGUCCACAUCCAAGCACAGAAACAGCGGUCGUCAAGACAGACAAAACAAUGCGGAUGCGCAGGCAAGGGAGCAGCCUCGAGUGAUGCGUGUCCAGAGCAGACGUCAGGCACGCAGGGCCAUGUCAGACCCUCGUCUUAAUCAAGAUGGAGGUGGAGUUCAGUUUACAGAGGGCCAUGUCACAAUGGUGGUCAAACCAGAACAUGUCAAAGGUCCUCGACACAGGAGCCUGCCUGAGCUGAAGGGUCGUGAGUCACCCACCAGCACUCGGUCUGCACCCUGGGAAACCAACAUGGAUGCUGGUUUGUACACGUCUGGUCGUGAGUCUCCUGUGUCGGUAACCCAGAGUGAGAACGUGAAUCAGCUGAGACGUCACCAUAGAGACAGUGACAGUGAGGCGGGACACCGCAGAAAAUUUCAAAGACAGGGUUAUGAUAGUGAUGGUGGCAGUUCUCGGCAUAAGUAUUUCCCUAGCAGCAGGAAAGGCUCAGACAAUGAGAGUGAUGUUUCGUCCAUACGAAGACGAAGAAGAGAGCAUGAUUCAGGCAGUGAGUCAGACGUGUCACCAAGCGCUAUGGACCGAUACAGGAAGGCAAAGAGUGUGGGCAGUGAAAGGUUUGAGACGGAAUGGAACACUGCUCUGCAGAAUACCAAUCCAGCCUUGCACUCGGCCCCAACAGGCGAGUUGAGACAAAAGAAGAUGCGCCGUCGUCGUAGCAAGUCUCCAGGCAACAGCAAGCGGCCCCCGGAGGAGCUGAGACAACACAUCGAGUUUGACAUCAUAGAACCACCGGAGGAUAUGGACGAGGAACUACUCAAGGAGAUACCUUAUGUGAAUGUGGAGACCAAAGCUGAUAUAUUUAAAGUGAGAUAUUCCCCAAGCAACAGGCGACGUUAUCGUUCACCGAAGAGAAAGUCAGCUGGAGAUUUUGAGGGCGGAGUGAAGGUGACCAAUGAGCCAGAUGAUGGCCCCGCCCCCCAGGCAAGGACCCCAGAGGCCACCCACAGGCAGUCUGCACCCAUGCCUGGCUACUACUCAGACAUUGGCAGCCUACCAAGGAGGUCACACACCAUUUCUUCUCAUGUCCAGCCCCCAGUUGCAGGAAACCUGACUUCACAUUCCAAGCAUUUUCGAUCCGAUAAUAGUCAUCAUCCUCAGUUUCAAGAAAACUUCCUAUUUUAUGACCCGAACCCCUCGAAUCGUUACAAUACAUUCAAACACACCAGUGUCCAUAGCUACUACCCCCCACCCACUGCAGUAUUCAAGCCUAUUGACAGUACACAGGAUAAGGUCUCAGCCAACAUCAGUCAAAGUUAUUUAAAUAGCACGCACAGCACGGAAAACAGGCCUGUCACAGGUCAAGGUCAACAUAUGGAUGACCUUUCUCAUGGUCAAGGUCAUUCUGACAUUGGUGAAGGUCAUGACCCUGAGAAUGAUGAAGAGGACAGAAACCACGACUCAGGUUUGAACAGCUCUCACAGUAGUAGCAAUCCAGGGGUUUCUGCCCCUAGUUUAGUGAGAGGCCCCAUUGGGAGGAUGUUUGGUACCCAGGAUGCAAUAGCCAGACUGUACAGCAGCCCUGCAGGGACCAGGCGGCCAAAUUUGAACCAGUCUGAUGUUUCGACCAAUCAAAAUUCACCUUACAAAGGGCAUGGCUAUGCAGCAACCAAUCAGAGUGGCAGUCCGUACAAAGGAAUGGGAUUUGUGUCCACCAAUCAGCAAUCUUCUUACAAUUCAAACGCAACUGCACCCUCCAGAGGGCAAAUGAAUGGAGUUCAACCUGUGAUAAAUUACAAUAGUACCAGCAUUAACGGUAUUCUUCCUCAAUAUGGAUCUCAUAGUGGCAAUUCCUCUGACCAUCAGAGCAAUCUUGACUAUGUCUCUGCCCCAGAAAAAACAAACAAUUCCUCAAGAGUCAAUAUGCAAAAUGGCUACCUGAAUCAGUCUCAUAUUCAGAAUCCAAGCAAUCAGUCCGCUUUUGAUAUGCAUUCCAACAGAAUGUUCUACACCCAGGGUGAUUCAUUGCAAAGGAACCAGCCUGUCAAUCCGAGCCUGCAAUAUCCAUCACAACAUUCCAAUCUUUCUAAUAUGAAGAAUUCCAGCCAUGAUUUCCGACCAAAGAACUACAACCAAGACAGUGUUGCCCCACAACGCCAAAAUCAGAUGCCAGUUCGCUCAACCACAUCAAAUGGGAUAAUGGAACAUUCCAUGGUGGGGAAUGCAGGUUCCCACACUCUGAACGCAGACAAUAGACUGGGCCUGCAGCCCAAGUGGCAAUAUGUGGGUAAUGGGCAGGCGGGUGGGGUACGAUCAGAGCAGCCCCACUCGGAGUCGGUCCAUCAUGGACAACAGAGAGAAGUUUCUAUCUCUUCAAACACUCGGUCCCCUGUUUCAUCCCCUGUGAAAAAUACUCAGCCCCAGUCACAGUCAUCCAAACAGGGAACCAGAUCACCAGCAACCAAUGGGAAUAUUCCCAGUUAUCACAUGACAUCCCCCAAUAAACAAUCAGUCUCAAGAAGCAUGGCAGGGAAUCCAAGAGAUCUUAAUAUCGAGACGCCAGUUUCCCCAACCACUUUCCGCUCCCCAGACAGUGCCAUCAGUUCUCUGCACAGUCUGAGUCUCUCCAAUCCAAACUCAAACCGCAGCUCUCCAAGAAAACCAGUCAAGUAUGAUGAUAACCAUAUAAACAAUAAUGAUGUUUCUAGAGUCAACAACAAUGCAGCAUCAACAUUUAGUAAAACACGUGCACCAGCAUUUGGGAAUUCAGAAAGGUGGACAGAACUGUAAACUAUUUUUUUUUAUUUGCAAAAUAUAUUUAUGUUUUUAAUUGUGAUGACCAGUACUGUUGCAUUGAAUGCCAUGCAUAACAAAGUUAUGAUCUUGUUUUCUUAUUUUUAUUACUAUAACAUAAAUACAAAAUACACUGAUCUUGAUAUUGUUAUGUACUAUUUAUAAAUAAUUUGAAGCUUCAACUGUGAUCUUCCUUCACUGUAUAGCUUGUGUGCCAAACAAGCUGCUUUUGCAAAUGUUUAAUAGCUCACCUGAGCUCAAAGUGAAGCUGGCAAUAUUUUUUGUAAAAUAUGUAUAUUGCACCUUUAUUAUUAUCAAAGGCCUUGUUUUACUAUUUUUGUCUCAUUGUUUUCUAACAAGUUUUGUAAUAAAAUGUACAUAUAAUUA